UGACCAUAGGGAGCAGGGGGGUGUGCUGACGGUUUGCAUCGCGUCUGGGAAGUCGGUUCGUUUGACGGAAUCAAUUGAACUGCCCCUCGUUCUGAUUAUCCACGGCUUCUAAAGCGCUGAAUGUCCUGCACGGUUCUUUCCUGACGCACUCCAUCAACAACAUCACCAUCGCAAGCUAUGCCCCCCAGUCCCGUGUUUGGCUGGGAUCCCCGCGACUCUGACAAGCCAUCCGUGUCCAAGUCUCCCCCGAGCAUUGACCCUCAGCUUGAUACUGCUCAUUCCCCCCGCUCUCCCGCCCGCUCACCCGACGAGGACGACAAACCGGACAACAAGCGUCCCUCCAACCCAUACCCAUCAUCCUUCAAGUCCGAUAAGAAGGACUACCCUUCCUUUGACCGCCACCACUUUUUGCCUCCGCCUGCUUCCAUGCCGCAUCGCGUAGAGCCAUACCCAAUGUCCUCCACUCAUCGCAGGCACUACGACGAUCUCCAUCGCCGCCCUUCCCCGCCCCCCAUCGCCGCCAUCACCCACUCCCCAUCGCCGUCCGUGUCGUCGCUCGACCGUUCGUCGGUGUCCACCCCGCCCAACCGCCGCUCGUCGCCACACUCUGGGCUCCACCAGUCCGCGUACUACCACCACCACCACCAGGACUCGUCCGUCUACCAGCCCUCCCGCCUCCACCACAACAUGCACUAUCCCCCGCCCCGCGAUAGCGGCUACUACUUGAACCACUCCUCCUUCGAGACCCGCCGGUACGAGCCUUCCGAUCCCUACCACACCCAGCAUACCCACCUCCCGAUGCCUAACAUCCCCACCCUCAACCCCGUCCGCGAGCCCUUUGCUCUCCCAUACCCUAUCCCAGGCGGCAACAGCGUCUCUAUCAUGUACACCGAGGACGCCGCCACAAAACUCAGCGACCGCGUCCGCCGACGCUGCUUCAACUGCUGCACGACCGACACCUCCACUUGGCGCCGCUCCAACCUCAGCCCUGGAAAAGUCCUCUGCAACAAAUGUGGCCUCUUCGAGCGGACCCACUCCCGUCCUCGCCCGGAACAGUUCCCACACAAGCGCGGCCCUCUCGCCUCUUCGGCACUGCGGAGCCGGUCUCCCGCACCCCUCCCCCCACCCAACCAGAUCGCGCCCUUGUCCCCGCCGUAUCAGUACUCCUCCUCUGCGCCCCCGCCUCCGCCCUCGCUCCCCUCAUUCGUGGAUACUGCCAAACGCUCGUAUAGCCCUCCGCCCCCGCUCCAUUACGAAGAGAGGAGGCACGCUGCCGAGUCCAUCUCGACUCCCGUGAGCCGCCAGCCGAGCCCCCCGCCCAAACAGGAAGUCGUCGCUUGAUGGAUUCUUUUUUCCUUCCGCGUGCUUUGUAUUACCUAUAUUCUACGAAAAAAAAGACAGUUUCUUACCACUACCACCAACCAUCCAUCCAUCCCCCCUCUCCCAGCCUGCCUGCUUGCUUGUCUGUCUGUCAUAUUUAUACCUCUCCCUCCCUUCGCUGUCGGUUUUC